AUGAAUCAAAAGAAAUACGGAGAUGUGCUGGUGUCUGGGGACGUGGACUGCCUGGUUUGCGUGGCGCGGGAUUUGCUGAAACCCGAGGGGUUUUUCGUGGCACUGGCUUCGGCGUUCGGGGGUUUAAAGUCCUCCCCUAAACGCCCUGGGGCCCAGCGUCGCCUGCAGCAGCAGCAGCAGCAGCAGCAGCAGCAGCAGCAGCAGCAGCAGCAGAAGGCAGCACUGGCAGCAGCAGCAGCAGCAGCGGCCGGGGGCGCGGCUCCCGCUGCAGCAGCCGUCGCAGCAGCGAGAGCAGCAGCCCUUGGAACCCAAACCCUAAAUGAGGGGAGCCAUGUAGUGCGGAUACUGGAGGCAGCAACAGUGCAGCAGCAGCAACAGCAGCAGCAGCAGCAGCUGCUGCAGCAGCACCAGCAGCACCAGCAGCAGCAGCAGCAGCUGCAGCUGCUGGCUCGCCUUGUAUGGCGGAAGGUUGGGGCUUCGGUUUCCGCUCUAACCCCAGCAGAGCUGGGCAGGGCCGUCUUGGCGUUUAAUGGCUGCGGCCUUCGUUUGCCCCUUUUAUUUCAACAAAUUGAAGAAAGAGCUUUGGCUGUUGAGGAGCCCUUUCCCGUCUCCGACGCAUUGACGCUGUUUCGAGGGUUUGCAGCUGCAGCUUUCAGCUGCGAUAAUUUGCUGCAGAAAUUCGAGCCGCUGCUGCAGCAGCACGCCCAGAGUUUCACCAGGAAAGAAGUGCAGCUGCUGCAGCAAAUCUUGUCAGAAGCAGAAGAGACAAAAUUUGGAGCCUUAAGAGAGGCUUUAGCAGCUCGCUAA